AUGUCCGGACGCAAACUCGGUGGCGGCCGCAUCUUGGGCAGCGGUAAGGGCCUCGCUCCUCCCACCCCUCCGUCUGGCGCCCCUCGUUCGCUCAGCCCUCUUGCGCCCUCCGAGAGCACCGUUUCCCUGGGGUCUUCCUCAAUUUCCCCGCCUGGCUCGGCGACUCUCACAGAUCUUGGGCAGGACAUUGGCUCGAGUAUCAGCCUGGGCGCGCAGUCCAAGCGAUCAGCAGCAAAUGGAUCGGCCUUGGUCUGCCCCAUUUGCAAUGAGGAGAUGCUGACGCUUUUGCAACUUAAUCGACACAUCGACGAUAACCACCAGGAACUUCCCGAGGAGGAGCAGGACGAGGUGAAGACAUGGUUCGACAAGCAGGUCCUCAAAGCGAAGCGGUUCCAGCCACUGUCCCUCAUCAACCAGAAACUCCGCGGCCUGGACGUCUUCGAAUCGAACGAGUCCGCGCCAAGCCCCCCACCCGUAUCCGCAUCGUCCGCCAAGUUUCCCGUUGAGGCCCCGAUCGACCCAGACGACCUGAUCUCACGGAAACACUGGCAGCGAACCACGCAUGAUGACUACUGUACGGACCCAGCCUGCGGGCGGAGCUUGGGUGCGAUUGUGGGAAGCGUCAACUGUCGCCAUUGCGGCCGUCUCUUUUGCGAGGAACAUACCAUGUACCAAAUGAAACUGAGUCGGAGCGCCAACCAUGAGCCAGUUAGAGGAUACUGGGCAAGAGUAUGCGAGACAUGCUACAAGUCGAGAGAUGGGUACAAGGACCACAGCGGCCUGGUGAUAGACCACACUGCCACGUUUGCCGACAUUAGGAGGAAGCGAGUCGAACGACACAACCUGGAAGUCUCGAGGCUGGAGAAGCGAUUGGCUAAAUUAGUACGGCUGCUUGAAAGCGCGCCGGAGAAGGUAUCCGCGAAUGCUGGAUUAUUAUCGCCCACAUUGUCUGGGCAAAAGAACCAAAGAAAGCUCCUGGAGCAAUCGGUUGUCACAUGGGAGGAUGACAGUACGGUGGUGAAGUGCCCGUUUUGCCAACAGGAUUUUGGGACGUGGACUUUCAGGAGGCACCACUGCCGAAUAUGCGGAAGGGUUGUCUGCGCUGAUCUGCAGACCGGGUGCUCCUCCGAGGUAGCCAUCGAUUCAGCUGGCCGUACGUCUUUUCUCCCCAAUGGACAUGUUUCCUUAGCAAAACUAACAGUCGCAGUUUCCACAGAGAAGCCCAUAGCUGUCGCAGCACCGGGGAAACUAAGCAUAGACGUGCGCAUGUGCAGGGAAUGCAAACACACCGUCUUCUCUGGGCGCGAGUUCAGCGACUCGAUCCAUUCAAAACCACCAGACCAGCGGGCCUACGAAACACUCCGCCAAUUCGAGCGUGGAAUCCGCCAGCUGCUCCCCUCCUUCCACCGCACCCUCCUCGCCCUCCACCCGGAGAAGUCCGAGACUGGCGAGGUAGAUCUGAGCAAGCCCCCGGCCACGCACGCACAGAUCCAGGAGGCUGCCAAGAUCCGCAAACGGCUGGUGGACAGCUUUGGAAAGUACGGAUUGGCGGCCAAGAGGAUGAGGGAUCUGCCGAGCGACAGCCCGUCACAGAGGAAGCUGCAAAUGGCUGUGUAUACCCAAGCGAGCGGGUUCCUCCACACAAACAUGCUUCCCCUGAAGAGCCUGCCGGCGGUCCUCCGCUCGCGAUCAUCCCUAUCCACACAAUCUACCGUUUCACGAAUAUCCCAGCAUAAUCCUUCCGGCCUCCGCCACUCAGAACUCGUCGAUUCAGAAACCAUAUCCCAGGGAGGCACGACGGAUGACGGGACAAGCACCGUGGUAAGCCUUCUCGAAACAGAGGAGAAGGACCUACGGGAGAGGCUGGUCGUGCUGGAAGAGCAGAAGUUCAUGGUCGACGAGAUGCUCAAGUCCGCCACGAAAUCCCGUCGGUUCGAGGAGGUCACGGCUCUCAGCAGGAACAAAGACGAGCUGUCGGGGGAAAUCAACGAUCUGAGGAAGAAGGUCGGUGGCGUCGAAGCGCGCUGGGAAGGCAUCUACCAGAAUGGUGCGACGGCAACAUGA